CCCUUGGUAAGAGGGCAGGUAUGUGAAUGGAAAGGAAAGGUUUAGGAGGAGCUGUUGCUGCUAAGAGUGAGCGAGGAGCGCAGCACCUGCACCAACCCCCCCAUGGACUUCCCCGAGGACUUCAAUCAGCUGGAGCUGCUGGAGACCCACCGGCACCUCAUCCCGGUGGGGACGCAGAGCCUGCGUCCUGAGGAGGACGAGGACGAGGAUGAGGAUGAGGAAAGGCAGGGUGCGCUCGGUGAGGAGUGGUACCAGGAGCAGGAGCAGAGGCUGAGGGACAAACCUGGGGAGCUUCUGCUGUGGGCGGCGGAGAGGAACAGACUGGCGACGGUCCAGAGAUUGCUGAGCGCGGACGGCUCGCUGGCGGGGACUCGCGACGAGGACGGGUACACGCCUCUCCACCGGGCGGCGUACAACGGCCACCUGGAGAUCGGCAGAGCGCUGGUGCACCACGGAGCCGACCUCAACGCCCGCACCGUGGAUGGCUGGACGCCGCUUCACAGCGCCUGCCGGUGGAACAACGUUGCUGUGGCAUCCUACCUCGUCCAGCAGGGGGCGCUGGUCAACGCCCAGACCAACGGCUUGCUCACUCCGCUGCACCUAGCGGCCAGCAACUGCAACGCCCGGCAGACCCUGGAGCUGCUGCUGACGCAUCGGCACCUAGAGGCCGGGCUUAAGAGCAGCAGCGGCGAGACGGCGUUUGACAUCGCCCGCAGGACAAGUGCCCUCUACCGCUUGUUCGAGAUCGUGGAACCGUGCAACAGCAUCCUUCCGUAGGGGAGGAUGACGGCGUGUAAACAUACAUGUGUAACUAAUACCCACCCGUUGUAAUGUUUACACCGAGAAGUGUAGGAUUUCCUCGAUUUCAAAGUCUGUGGGUGAAUUUUCCCGAACCAUUCGCAAGAAAAUAAAGGCUUUUCUGAGAGACCGUGGGGACAAGUGCUGUCUAAUCACUUUUCCUCGUGUACAAAAAUAAACAAGAGCGCGACAUUUUUGCAUCGAGAACCUAAAGUUUGCAUGUGCGUCGAGACGACAAGCGGCUGGGACCCGAGCUCCAGUCUGCCAGCUGACAGCUGGACUCGAGACGCGUGUUCCGGAAACGGCGUCUCACGCCGGCUCGAUGUGACAUUUUUACCCGUAAACAUUAACAAAAUAAACUAAACCUGCCAUUAGUCUGAUAUUUGUAGAAAAAAUCAAUGAUAUUUGGGUGUUGAUGGCAAGAGGAUUGGUACACCAACACAAGCGUGAUUCAUGUGUCGUAUUCUACUGCUGCUUUUGCCUGCUGACUGUUUUCUUACCUUGACUAAUUUAAGUGUUUCCGGCAGAAUGCGCUCCGAUGACUCACACACUUAUGACUUUCAGUUAUUUAUGCUGCAAGGACAAAAAGUGUUUACUUUUUCCCUGCGAUUGAACCUGAAACCUACUCUUUGUAUACUUUUUUUGUGUGUGUUUUUCAUAAAUCCACCGACAGCUGACAGCAGGAGUAAAGGUAUUGAAAGAGUAAAUACUCGUGUAUUUU